AGCUUCCCAGUUUGUAGCAAAGGUUAGAGAGUUUUCGUCGAGAUUUCUUCGAGAAAUCUGAGGUUUUAGGGUUCGAAGAACUUUUUGUUAAGGCUUUAAGAAAUUUGGAAUCGUUUUGUUAGAUCUUGGUGCGAAGGCUUCUUUGCUGUUAACUUUAUUCGAGAAUUUGUAAUUGUAGAUGGACAUAAGCUUUCCUCGUGGGAAAUCGGUGUUGCGAAAUGUAGACAGUUUGCAAGGUUUGCAGCCCUCUGUGAACCAAGAGCAAAUUCGUACUAGUUUGCUUGAAGAUUAUUCGGUAAGCGGUCUUGUAAGUGCUGUUGGCGAGUCCUUGAAUAUCAGCGUUGGAGAAGACUCGAUUGAUGUUAAAGAUGUUGGAAAAGAGUCGACUGAUGUCAAAGAUGUUGGAAAAGAGUCGAGUAUCGAUGUUAAAGGUGUUGGAAGAGAGUCGAUUGAUGUCAAACAUGUUGGAAAAGAGUCGAUUGAUGUCAAACGUAUUGGAAAAGAGUCGAUUGAUGUCAAACAUGUUGGAGAAGUGGAACUUGCUUCAGAUGGGUAUAAUACUGUCGGUGUGGAGAAGAGAAACACACAUGAAGAUCCUGAUGCACAGCAGGGAAAAGUCACUCGAAAAUGCUUGAACAAGUGUGCAACCUUUCCUAAUCCUACUGGUGUGCUCUCUCCUAUUGCCUCUGCAAGCAUAGUAAAGGAGGGACCUAAAGAAGCACUAUGCGGGGAUGAACACCAUCACCAAGCCUGCUUGCGCUCGGUGUCUUUGCCUGCUCCUUCGAAGCUACUUUCUGCUCUGAAAGGUAGCCGGGAGAAAGAGGGCUUAUCACCCGGGAAACUUUCUGUCACUUGGGCUCCUGAUGUGUACGAUCCGCCUGCUACAUCAAUGUCGCACACAGUUACAGGCAAGAAACAGCAGAAGUCAAAGAACAAGAAGAAUUGGAGGAAAGAUGGAAAGAAGGGGCAAAAGAGCAGCUCUUCACGAGGAAAAGAUAAGAAGCAAUAUCGCAAAUCUGGGGCUUCUGAGAGGUGUCACAGAUCUCUGGAUCCCCGUGAAACAUUGGUCGACACAAACAAUGGUUUUGGUGAGCUUGUGGUGGGCAGCCCAGACCAGCAUUCUUAUUGUGGGAGCUCCUUCUUGAAAAAUUCGCUCACUAACGUGCAUUACCCAGUUGCAGAAGCAUUGUAAGCAAACGUAAUAUCACAUCCUACGCUGUGUGCAUAAAUAAGUCACUCGAGACAAUGUUAUGUUUAUGAGUGUUUGAGAAAACUUGGAACAAUGUGCUACUCUAUUUGCACCCAGUGUGGUUAUUUCUUUAUAUAUUGUAUUGUUGCUAUGCUUCUUUCAGAGCAGCGUUUUGUAAUUAGUAUUGCCGUGUUUGUGGCACGCAUUUCUACUGUGAACCGGCUUUUCGCUCGCAGAAUGCUAUCGUAUUUGGUUGGCCCGAUUA